AUGGUUCCCGGGUGUCGCAGGUUGGUCGUCUUCCUAGCGGUGCUGGCUCUCUUGCUCGCCGCAGCCCCGCCGGAGAUGGCCGCCGGCGUGGAAGUCGCCGGCCGGAGAGGCGGCAGGAGCGGGGCCGGCGUCGAGGUGGAACUCGGCGGCGCCGCCCGUGCGCCGCCGCCGCUGUCCUUCGUCCUCGACAGCAAGCGGAGGGUCCCCCGGGGGUCCGACCCCAUUCACAACAGGUGCUGA